AUGGCUUCCUCUGUAUCAACUCUCCCGGCUCAGGAUGCCAGUAUUCUGAGUGACAAAUAUCACACCAUCGUCAAUGAAAGCGGUUACAACACCAAUGUGUUUGCUGGAAAGAAUGAACAAAUGGGUCAAGUCUGCAAAUACCUUGAGAACCUCGGUUUUCUUCCCAAGGACUUGGUCGAGAACGAAGUUCAGUGGUUUUAUGGCAACUUGAACAUUGACGACUAUUACUUUGCUUUGGAGUCCGUCGAGACCAUUGCUAACCAUAUUAUGGCUUUGUAUGGUGCCAAGAUUUUGGCUUUCACGAAGCAUGAAAAUGUGUUGGACGUGAAUCUUCAAAAGGAAUCCGAAGAUUCUUCCGUUUUUAUCCAUUCCUCCCAACCCGGUGUGUCCCAGGUGCACGGUCCCCAAAAUGAACGAAGAAUUGAUGAAAAGUACUUGGAUAUCUCUACUCCGGCCAAGGCUUACCGUGUCGAAUCGUACCGUUCCAGCGGUAUGACCACCUCCGGUAUGAGCUCUCAACUCCGCAGCUACUUUGUUACCAAGUGUCAAUUUGCCAAUCCUGAACCCACUCCGGAGCAAGAGAUGGAUAUCCGUCAAGUGGCGGAUCAAGCAUUCUUGAAAAAGGCCACAGACCAUACUCUGAAGAUCUACUCCGAGGUGAUGCACAAUGUCUUGCAGCGUACCGGUCCCGUCAUUGAAAUGUUCGAAGUCCAAGGUAGCCGUGAACGUCGCUUGAUCAUUGGUUACCGUCAACGUAGCACCAAAGGUUUCUUCUCGGCCAUGUCCGAUUUAUACCAUUACUAUGACCUUUAUUCUACUCGUAAAUAUGUCGAACAAUUCUCCAACGGUGUCACCAUCAUCUGUCUCUAUUUGAACCCGGUGCCCAACUCCAAGGCGACCCCUAUUGAACAUUCCAUCUACCAGGUGAUGAAGGAAACAUCCUUGAUCUUCUGUUUGCCCAAGACCCCCUUGCAGAACUUUUUCCAGACCAACAAGUUGUCGGUUCAGGAAACCAUCUAUGGUUAUGUCGGUUGGAUCUUUGCUCAACACUUCCUCAACCGUCUCGGCAAGGAAUACUUGAGCUUGAACAACAUCUUGGAUGCCAGCAAUCCUAUCCAUGAAGAAAUCUUGUCCAAGAUGAAGAAGCGCCUUCGCCAGGAUACUUUCACUCGUGACUAUAUCCUCGAUAUUAUUCGCAGCUAUCCUGAUUUGAUCCGUCUGUUGUAUGCCAACUUUGCUACGGUCCACUACGUCAACCAGCGUGAAGCUUCCCUCCAACCUACUAUCUCUUACCAGCGUCUGACCAAGCUCGAGAUCUUGAGCAACGAAGAACUCAGUAAGAAGAUCAAGGCUGUCACCUCCAAUGCUCACGAGCAACUCGUCUUUGAAUCCUUCUUGACUUUCAACAAGCAUGUGGUGAAGACCAACUUUUACCAAUCCACCAAGGUCGCCUUGUCCUUCCGUUUGGAUCCCAGCUUCUUGCCUGAAAUUGAGUACCCCAACAAGCUUUACGGUAUGUUCCUCGUGGUCGGUGCCGAGUUCCGUGGUUUCCAUUUGCGUUUCCGUGAUGUGGCUCGUGGCGGUAUCCGUAUCAUCCGCUCGCGUAACCGAGAAGCCUACUCCAUCAAUCAGCGUACCUUGUUCGAUGAGAACUAUGCUUUGGCCGCUACGCAGCAGCGCAAGAACAAGGAUAUUCCCGAAGGUGGUUCCAAGGGUACGAUUUUGCUCGACAUUGACCAACAGGACAAGCCCCGCGUCGCCUUUGAAAAGUACGUCGACUCCGUCUUGGACUUGCUUAUCACCGGUGAAACGCCCGGUAUCAAGGAAAAGUUGGUGGAUUUGGCCGACAAACAGGAAAUUCUGUUCUUUGGUCCUGAUGAAGGUACCGCCGAUUACAUGGACUGGGCUUCGUUGCAUGCUCGUCGUCGUGGCGCCGGAUUCUGGAAGGCUUUCACGACCGGUAAGAGCCAGUCGAUGGGUGGUAUUCCUCACGAUACCUAUGGUAUGACGACCCGCUCUGUCCACCAAUACGUCUUGGGUAUCUACCGUACCUUUGGUUUGAAGGAAGAAGAGUGCACCAAGCUUCAGACCGGUGGUCCCGACGGUGAUUUGGGUUCCAAUGAAAUCAAGAUCUCCAAGGACAAGACAGUGGCCAUUGUUGACGGUUCCGGUGUGUUGUGUGAUCCACACGGUAUCAACCGCGAUGAAUUGCUUCGUUUGGCUACCAAGCGCAUGAUGAUCAGCAACUUUGAUACCAGCAAGCUCUCUGCCGAUGGUUUCCGUGUGCUGGUCGAUGAAAGCAAUGUCCGUUUGCCUGAUGGCACCGUGGUGGAGAAUGGUCUGUCCUUCCGCAACACUUUCCACACAAACAAGCUUGCUUCGGCUAUGGUGUUUGUUCCUUGCGGUGGUCGUCCCGAAUCUGUGGAUCUGUCCAAUAUUCACAAGCUCAUGGGCGAGGACGGCUCUCUUUUGUUCAAGUAUAUCGUGGAAGGUGCCAACUUGUUCUUCACUCAAGAAGCGCGUCUUCGUCUGGAGAAGGCCGGUGUGGUGAUCUUCAAGGACGCUUCGGCCAACAAGGGUGGUGUGACUUCCUCGUCGCUUGAGGUGCUUGCUGCUUUGGCUUUCAACGAUGCCGAAUUCGAUCAACACAUGAGCGUGAAGAACGGCGUCGUGCCCGAGUUCUAUGAAGCCUAUGUCAAGGAAGUGCAGCGUAUCAUUGAACACAAUGCCGCGGUCGAGUUCGAUGCUUUAUGGCGCGAACACACCAAGACCAAGCAACCCAUCUCGGUGCUUUCCGAUGAAUUGUCGACAGCCAUUGUCCAGUUGAACGAACAAUUGCAGAACACUGGUCUGUGGGACAACGUUGCGCUCCGUCGUUCCGUCCUUGAACGUGCUUUCCCCAAGUUGUUGUUGGACAAGAUCGGCCUCGACACCUUAUUACAACGUGUUCCCGAAAGCUACGUCAAGGCCAUCUUUGGUGCCUACCUCGCUUCUCAAUUCGUCUACAAGUAUGGUGCUCAGCCCGAUCACUUUGCCUUCUUUGAAUUCAUGCGCGAAAACUACUACAGCCAAGCAGACAAUGUCACCAACAGCCUUUAA